AUGGUGGCUCUUACUGAAAGUGUGGUGAAGGAAGUUCCUAAGGAGGUUGUUCCUUCAAAGACAAGCAUUCUCAAAAGAACAAAGAAGCCUGCUCAUAGACCUCGUCAUUCUCCUGAAAGGCCACUUGAUCACGAAAGUUCUAAGCAUGUGUCUUCCACGAAGGGGAUAAAGAAGGUACCAAAACCUCAACUUAAAAGAAGAGGUGUGCUCAUUCAUGAAGUUCCUACUCCAGUGUCCCAUGCUUCCAAGAAAAGACAAGCUCUUGAAAUGGUCAAGAAGAUCACGAAGAAGAAGAAACAAAAAGUAGAUCCACUUGAUGACGUUAUUGUUGAAACUGCUACUGAAAGUGAAAGCGAAAGGUUAGACAUUCGUUAUGAUGAUACUGGUUUUAAUUCAAUUUAA